AUGUCGAAAUUCACCGAAGACAAGAAACCAUUCACCGAGGAAGAUAAAAGGCGGUUCAACGGUGCCGCUGAGCACGUAGAGAACGUCGACAACAGCAACCCCAAAUCAAAGAAGUUUGUUGACGUCGACGACAAGAUCGUUAUGGCAGAGGGGGAGGAGAAAGUGACCUUAUACAUUGUCUUUGUCUGUGUGACGGCAGCCGUUGCAGGAUUUAUGUUCGGUUCGUACCUUCCCCAUUCAACAGACCCAUCUAACCCUGCGCAGGCUAUGAGACUGGUAUUAUCGGUAGUAUUACAGUCUCUAUUGGUUGGUAAAAAUUUGCACUCAAUGUGCUCACCUUGCCUUCACCGUAUGCUCGAGCUAAUGCAUCUCACAGAGGUAGUCACAGCUAUGACUACGGCAGGUGCAUUCAUUUGCUCCCUCUUCGCUGGUGCUCUGAGUGACAGGAUUGGUCGCAAAUGGGUACUCGUCAUCAGUGAUAUCUGCUACUGUAUUGGUACAGUAGUCUUUGGUGCGUCGUACUCGGUCGCUCAAGCCGCGGUUGGUCGCCUUAUCUUGGGAUUCGGGGUAGGGUUUUCCAGUUGUAUUGGGCCACUUUUCAUUAGUGAGAUUUCCCCGCCUCAACUGCGCGGCACACUCGUCACUAUCAACUCUGUCACAAUCACAUUGGGCCAAGUCAUUGCGUACGGAAUUGGUGCUGGUCUCAUCAACUUCAAUGAUCCGGACAACUGGCGCAUUAUGCUGGUGAUUGGCGCUGCGCCCGCAAUAUACCAGGCCAUUGCUGCUACACAAGAAGAGCUGGCUCUCAAAUACGAUAUUCUCGUCGCCAACGUCGAUGAAAGCGUACAGGUUAAGAGGGAAAACACUGUAUGGCAGCUCUUCAAGUCACUGUUCACUAUACCAAAGAACCUUAGGGCUCUGUCUCUCGCGAUGACUUUACAGGCCCCCACUCUCUUCCAGAUGCUUGGAUUCGAGAACUCGCCUCUAGGUGGCUUGAUUAUUGCUGCUGCUAAUUUCGUCUUUACAAGCUUGGGCAUGUUUUUAGUUGAUAAGACAGGCCGUCGCCCUUUGAUGGUGUAUUUAAGUGCGCCAGGCGUUAUCCUGGGUUGUGUGUGGGCGAUUGUCUCACUUUACUAUCUCACUAAAGACACCGGGUUCCAAUUGGUUGAAGAUCCUGCCGUCACAUACGAUUCUGGUAAGCAAGUCGCUGUAAUUAUUGGCUUUGUCGCCUACGUCGGGGCUUAUGGUAUUGGUUUGGGCCACUUACCGUGGACAAUGAGCGAGCUGUUUCCCUUAGAAACCAGAGGUCUUGGAACUGGUAUUGGCACCGCAACAAACUGGGCGUGCAACUUGAUCAUUUCAGAGUCUUAUCUCUCCAUGCAAAAGGGUAUUACACCUUCGGGAACAUUUGGUUUGUUCGCUGGCUUUGUCUUCUGCGGGUGGAUGUACCUACUUUUUUGCUACCCAGAGACAGCUGGGCUUCACCUAGAAGAUGUACAAUCACUGCUUGCCGAUGGUUUCAAUGUCCGCGAAUCUGUUCGACUACGCAAGAACAAGAGGAAAGCACUCAAGGGUCUCAAAGGAACCACUAUCGUCGAUGAAGAAGCAAAAUAA